AUGUACUCUAUGUGGAGACAAUUUUGUUUGUACGAGUUUGGACAGCUGACAGUCAUAGUUAUAGCAUUGUGUGUGUUGAUCUUUUAUCUACGGGAAUGGACAAGGAACUCUCGGUAUGGUAACUCUUGGUUCAAAACCAUAGCAGUUAGGCUAAAAGCCAAACUCAGCAAUGUAUAUGCCUCAUUAUUUUCAACGACGAGAAAUGUCAAUAAAACAACGUCAUCAAAGUACAAGUCUACUCCAGAAACCACAAAUCUUGCAAGGGUAGCAAGACUUAUCCUUGGUCCAUGCACAGAUCUGCUGCGUGAUAUUCUCAGAAUAAAAAUUCCACCCUCCAAUUUAUCAAAAACGGUCAAAACUUGGAUUGAUGACCUAAAAAAGAAGAAACAGAAUAGUCCUCUAAAUAAACAACAAAUUGCUCUCAUCUUUCCCUUACCAAAUACACAGUAUGGCGGAGAUUAUUCAGAUUUUGACAUUAGUUUGAUGUACCUUCUUCUACGUAACGUGUGUAAAAUAACUCCACAUAUACAAGGCUGGGGAGAAAUUCCCUAUCCUUCAGACAAUAGUGUAUCUGCCAACAUAGAAAGAAUCAGACUGACAAGAAACAAGUAUUAUGGACAUGCAGCAGAUUUCUCUCUUUCAGAUUCAGAUUUUAAAAAGGAAUGGCAAAACAUUUAUGAUAUUACUGUUGAGUUAGAGCAAAAUAUGGGGACUUCUACUGUUUACCAAGAUGCUGUGAAUGAUAUAAGAACAUGUUCCAUGGAUCCAGAAAAAGAGGCCAAAGACAUUGAUAAACUGUUACUUAUUGAUGAAUUGUGUGAAACCGUUAAAAGUCACACAGAUCUUCAUGAAAGACAAUUAAAACAAUGGAGAGAAGAAGAUGAGGUUUACAGUGAAACUCACAUUUUCCAAGAAAUGCUUAACAAAGUCAGGAGACAACCUUAUAUGACAUUUGUUGGAGUCCCGGGGUCCGGAAAAUCAUCAACCAUUCAUCACAUAGCCCUGAUACUCCAGAAAGAAGGUUACGAGGUUGUACCAGUUAUAGAUAUCAGGAAGAUUGAAGAUUAUUCUGACUCCCGUCAUCCACAGGUUUUUGUCAUUGAUGAUGUGGUAGGUGUUUUAGGUCUUCAAAGACAAAAGUUAGAGUUAUUGAUAGACUAUGAAAAAAGAAUUUCAGAUCCUUCCAAUAGAAAUACAAAAGUAUUAAUGUCAUGUAGGGAAGCAGUGUUUAAUGAAUGUAACAAAUCAAUUUUUUUCUCAAAUGAAAAAAACACAAUUAAGAUGCAUAGUUCCGGCAAUGCAUUGAACGAUGAAGAUAAAAAAGCUAUCCUUCAGAAACAUGGGUUAGAUAGAGAUUUGUUGUCCCCUGCAUUACUGGGAGAAACAUUGGGUAUGUUUCCUCUGUUGUGUAAACUAUACUCUAAAGAGGAGAAAUUUAGUAACAAUGUUGAAAGGUUCUUUACCUGUCCAGCUGAAUGUAUUUUAGAACAAUUUAAUGAAAUGCAAAGGCAAAAUAGUUUAUGCUAUGCCACAUUGGUCUUGUGCAUGUUGAAUGAUAAUAAACUAUCAAAAGAAACAUUGAAAAACACAGGGAACAACGUUUUCCGGGAAAUGAAAUCAAAAGUACUAGAAAGCUGUGAAGUUGAAAGUUACACUGAUACAUUUAAAUUUGUUAAAGCAUUGGAAGCUAUGGAGGGGACACACACAAAAGUCUUUGGUACUGAGUUUACCAUUAUUCAUGACUCUGUAUUUGAAAUCCUUGCAUAUCAUUUUGGUUCUCAGUUUCCAGAUCUUGAUUUGCAAUAUAUUAGCAGUAGUUACAUUGCUAAUAACGUGAAAGUACAAGAAUGCAAGAAAGAGUUAGAGGUUGAAUGUAAACAAGAUGAGAAUGAGGAAUUUAGUGGUGAGGAGCAUGAAACAUUAAGAACUGAAAGAAGCCAGAAUUUGUAUGAUCUCAGUCUUAGGUUGAGAGAGGAUCAGUGCCCAAUGUUAGCAGAGCGUUUGUACAGAGAUAUUGAAAAUAUGGAGCUGUAUGAUGUUUUUAUGAAUGAUGUUUUGAAACACCCCCGUGUUUGUCAGGCUUUUAUUGAGGUGUUAAAGACAAAGUCCUACAAAGAGUUAAAGUCUUUAUUUCUGUCAGUACAGAAAGACGUGUCUAAGGUAGUGAGUAAAGGAGAGCGUGUGAGGGAGUAAAGUAAGAAGAGAGAUAUAAGGAACAGGGAGUGGCACAGACAGAGUUUGUUG